CAACACAUUCAAAAAAAAAAAAAAAAUCCUGCUCGACCUGAUUUUGGGAUCACCAGCUCGCAUAUAUCGGAGUAGCCAGAGGCAAACAACCACAGACGCCUUGCAUCUCUUCAAGAGUCGACUUGGAAACAUACACACUCUGAUUUGGACUGAACAGAUUGCUCCGUACAAGGAAAGUUGGUCUUUUCUUUUACAGAUUCAUUCAAAGAUGUCUAUCUUACCCGAUGAGGCGGCCUUUGCUGACUUCAGAAAGCAGUGUUUAUCAACGGACAAUUGGUACUGCAAGUAUGAUAAGAAUGGGAUGCAAGUGUUGGUCGAGGCUUCUCCUGUAAAUAAAGGGAAUGGUGUACCAAAAGUCCACAAGAUCAAGUGUAAAAUGACAAUCAACGAUGUAUCAGCUGCCACCAUGUACGACGUCCUUCAUGAUGGCCAGUACCGUAAGACGUGGGACCCCGCCAUGUUGGACAGCUUUGACAUUGCCCGGCUCUCUGCGAAUGCUGAUGUGGGCUACUACUCAUGGAUUUGUCCACAGCCUAUAAAGAACAGAGAUGUGGUGAGUCUGCGAUCGUGGCAGGUGACAGAGGACGAGUACAUCAUCUUUAACUUCUCAGUCAAACACCUGAAACACCCUCCUCGCAAGGACCUGGUGAGGGCCAUUUCCAUCCUCACUGGAUAUUUGAUCAAGUCCACAGGACCAAACAGCUGCACUUUCAUAUACCUUUCACAAGCUGACCCCAAAGGUUCUCUUCCAAAGUGGGUGGUGAACCAAGCUUCUCAAGUUCUUGCUCCACGGGUGAUGAGGUGCGUACACAAGGCGGGACAGAUGUAUCCAGAGUGGAAACAGCAGAACUCUCCCGACCGGAAGCCAUGGUUAUACCCGGAGCAGAACACCUUGCCCAUGAUGGACCCCGCCGAACUGUCGAUACAGAGAGCCGACUCGCUAGAAAACAUGGAUGAGAGUUCCAAGGUAGCCGCAGUGGACAACCAGGACAGCAGUUAAAUCACAUCAAGGUGAUGGGAAGCAUAGCAAAGAGGGAACGAUUGGAGGAUGGACUGUAUAUACUCAUAAAUUAAAUAAGACUUGAGACCUCCGACUCUCUGAGACGUCACCCUAAAGCUCUUGAAUAAUUAUCCUUGUGCCUUUUGGGAUGAGCAAGAGCAUGACGUGUUUACAGGUGUCUUACCAGACAGAAAUGAAUACUGAUCAAAUUGCCCUUCACCUCACUCCAAGUUAAACUAAGCUUAACAUCUCUCCAGUGUUUGCCGCCAGGCUUUUAAAACUUAUUUUUUACAAUGUUCAGGCUUAGAGUUAUCAGUGUUUGAAUGUGUCAUAGUGAAAGACUACAUUAACAAUGGGUAGCUUGGCUACGCAAAAUAGACACAUUUUUAAAUAAAGAAUUUAGAAAUAGUUGUCCAUUUAGCCUUUACAAGUGACUAUGGAUGGAAAAUAAAUGAGUUACUGUCUGUUGUGAAAAUUAAAUUAUUUUUCUAAAUUGAAUUUCAGGUUAACAUUUUUUUUUUUAGUCUUUUUAUAUUUACAGAAGCAUAGUUUUACAGAAACAUAGGUUUCAUGUUCAGUUUUUAUUGCUUACCAUUAGUUUAUUUAAUGAAGUCAUGAUUAGCGAGCGAUUAGUGAACAGGAAGCUGGUUUGAAGGUUCAUUGUAUUUAUUUACAUGUGCAAUCAAAGCUUUAUGCAAUGUAAAAUUUCACUUAUUCUAAUUUAUAUAGACCCUAGACUUGCAUUGGAACUCAAGAAAAAUUUAAAUCUUUUAGACUGUAUUAACAUGUAAAAUGUACACAGCAUGUUAGCAUUUUGUCAUAUGAAUAUCACUUUACCUGAAAAAUUGUGAUGACCAUAAAGAAUAUAUUUUAUUUAUUUGAAGUCAUGUUUGAGAAAAGACUGUGGAAUGAAGCCCUGCAGGCUGAACUUAAGUUUUUUUUCUUUUUCAUAAGAUAUUUAAUGUUAUAUUAUGGUCCUGACUUUUUUCUUUUUUUUUCCCAAAUAAACCUCAAGGUUUACGUGCUUUU